UUACCACUUCAUACAGCACUACUGCGAAGAUCGACAAAAUCGUUAUUCUUACGACGAAAAGACAACAGUGACUUUACAAAGUCUUGUCUACUUCUGCAUUUUCGAACACAGAAUUUCCGCAUUGAAAAUGUCGAUCAUCAACAUUGAUGACGAUGUGGUGCCCAAUGAUGAGCCUCAAGACGAAAAGCCUCAAGACGAAGAGCCUAAAGAUGAAGAGCCUCAAGACGAAGAGCCUCAACACGUAGAGCGUCAAGACGAAGAGCCUCAAGACGAAGAGCCUCAAGACGAAGAGCCUCAAGACGUAGAGCCUCAAGACGAAGAGCCUCAAGACGAAGAGCCCAGAAUACAUGAGACCAGUGUUCCUGGUGCCUUUACGAGGUACGUAUAUAGAGGUUUGAAUUAUCCGAUUAUAACAGCUGUGUGGAGUAUGGCACCAGGUUGUGAUAUAGUCAUUUACAACCAUCGUACGAUAAUACUAGAGGAAUAACAUAUGUGAAGUAGUUAAGUAGUUGCGAUUUAGGCCGACGACUGCAUUAAAUUCUACGGAUUUUUAAAAUAUAUUUUUA